AUGAACAAAGUGGAUAAUGACAGUGAUUCUGAGGUGGAACUGGUGGAAAUUCCUACUCAGCAGUUUGAGGUGGUAGAUAUAGACUCUUAUUUUGAAGAUGACAAACCAGACAGCCCAUCUAAAAUGGAUAUUUUGAACUCAAGCAAAGGCCGUUCAGAGGUAUAUGAUGAAGUAACAUCCACCAGUGAACUUGGCACAGGCUACAUUGACAAAAGUAUACAAGACAUCGUUAAUAACCAGGGAGCAUCACUGCAGUCAAAUAAUUCUUCAGAAGUAUCCAUUGAACCUGGAGAUAAUGAGGAACCCACAGAGGGAUGUUUUCAAGGGCACAGCACUUCUGUCAAUGCCAUUCAGAUAUUUUCUGGCUUGAAAUACACCUGGUCUGCAGACAAAACUGUCCAUGCCUACAAUAUUGUGAUCCGGCAAUGCGUGGGCGUCUUUGAAGGGCACACAUCAAAAGUUAAUUGUUACUCAUAUGCAUGGGAAGUCUUCAAUGCUUUUUACUGGCUCUAGUGCCCACAACGUACGAUGUUAUUCUGUCAAGACCCAGGAGUUUGUUGAGCAGCUGAAUCUUGGUGAGAGUGUCCUGUGUCUACAUGCACACUGGAAAAUCCUCUACGCAGGGCUUGCCAACGAGACAGUGGUCACGUUUUCCCUUAAGAACAACAAGCAGCUUGAUGUGUUUGAGUGUCAUGGUCCUCAGGCAGUUAGCAGUUUGGCAAAAGCACAAGAGGGCAGUCGUAGACUGCUUCUUGUAGGAUCCUAUGAUUGUACCAUCAGUGUCCGGAUGCUUGGAAUGGUCUUCUGCGUCGUAUGCUGGAAGGACAUACUAAACCUGUUCUCUGUAUGAAAGUUGUCAAUGAUCUUGUGUUCAGUAGAUUCAGUGAUCAGUCAGUCCAUGCUCACAAUAUCCAUACUGGAGAAUUAAUAAAAAUGUAUAAAAGGUCACAACCAUGCAGUUACAGUGGUUAAUAUCUUGGGGAAAGUCACGGUGAUAACCUGUUUGGAUAAAUUUGUUUGUGUUUAUGAACUGCAGUCUCACGAUCGUUUGCAAGUAUAUGGUGGACACUCAGAUAUGAUCAUGUGUAUGGCAAUUCACAAAAGCAUGAUUUAUGCUGGCUAUUACGAUGGCACUGUUCAAGCUGCGUCUGAACUUAAUGCAGAAUUACCGCUGCUCGUGGCAUGGAUGCACACUUAUUUUUGGUGUUUCCGAACAUCUACUUACUGAUCACACCAAUCCAAAUUUCCAGACACUGAUAUGCAGAUGGAAAAACUGUGAUGCUUUUUUCACAGCUCGAAGGAACUCCAAACAGGAUGCCGUGGGACAUAUAGAACAACAUGCAGACAAACACGUAACCAUCAAGCCUCGCAUAUUGUGAAGUUUUAUUUUUCCUCAAACAUGAAGAGCUAUUUUAGGCGUCUAGGCAUCUGUUAAUUUCCGCACACAACAUUCUCGCAAAC